AUGUCGAAACCUAAAAAUAUCACACUAAAAAUGCUUUACGGCACAGCCUGGAAGAAGGAACGAACGGCCAGUCUAGUGCAACAAGCCCUUCAAGCAGGCUUCCUCGCCAUCGACACAGCUGCCCAGCCAAAGCACUACCAAGAGCAUCUUGUCGGCAACGGUGUUAAUUCAUUUUUAUCAACAAGCAAACUCACCCGUCAAGAUCUAUAUCUACAAACCAAGUACACAUCAUUCAACGGCCAGGACCCCAACAACUUGCCCUACGACCCAUCAACCAGUAUUUCAGAACAGGUCAAAGCUUCUGUCGCCUCUUCACUGCAUAAUCUACGACACAACGAGAACGCAGAGGAAAGCUACAUCGAUUGUCUGGUCUUGCACAGCCCGCUUCCAACGAUAAAGCAGACGAUGGAGGCAUGGGAUGCAAUGUCCGCAUUCGUACCCACAAAAGUACACUCUCUGGGUAUCUCCAACACUUCACUGCCAAUCUUGCAGCACAUCUGGAGCAACAGCACUGUAAAGCCAACUGUGGUCCAGAACAGAUUUUAUGCUGCGACUGGAUGGGAUAUCGCGCUCAGAGAAUUUUGCUCCGACAAUAGCAUCGUGUAUCAGAGUUUCUGGACACUGACGGGUAACCCUGAGUUACUUGAUAGCCAGCUUGUCAAGGUGGUUGUCAAGCAAGUUGGUGUCAGCGCAGAAGUGGCGCUUUACUCUCUUGUUCAGGGACUUGGUAUUACACCUAUCAACGGUACGACAUCGCACAUUGAGAGCGACCUGGCUGAGUUGUCAAAAAUGGAGCAGUGGAAAACUCAAGGUCGUAACGUUGAGACUUGGGAGAAGUGUGUUAAGACUCUGGAUGGCAUACUCAGACAGUGGGCGUACAGUCUGGAGCAUCGAGCAAGAUGA